UUUCCCCAACUCAAGGAAAGAGAAGUAGCGUUCAUACAAUUGUAUAUUUGAUUCAUUCCGUGUAGAUGUUGGAAAUAAGUUCGUCUCUCACAGUUUCCAUCCUCGAUUCUCCAAGUCCAACUUUCUCUCAAAUAUGUCACAAUCUCAGAUUCCAAGCCUCAAUUCGUUACACAGCGGCGUCCCAGAGCGUCUGACGAAAGAAGCAGACGCAGCUCGAGCUCGGCUCUACUCGAUCAGGACUUUACCAGAGAGUAAGCCGCGUGGGAAGCCUGUGCGGCUCCCUCCAAAUACCACCCAGGAUGAUUUCAACACGGCAAUCAAUGCCUUGGUGAAGGUUCUUGGCGAAAAAGGAGUUGAGUUGAAUGACAAAGAGUUGAAAGAUGGGUGGUACAUGGAACAUCCAAAUACGCAUGAUGCAUAUCAUGUAAUCGAUCAAGAAGAGAUGGUCUGUAGCGCUCUGGCAUACCCCUCUUCUACAUCUGAAGUGCAGUCCAUCGUCAAGUGGGCCAACGAAUACAAAAUCCCCCUCUGGCCCAUCAGCAUGGGCCGCAACAUUGGGUAUGGCGGCGCCGCACCCAGAGUGCCAGGCUCCGUGGUCGUUGAUUUGGGCCGGAACAUGAACAAAGUUCUCAAAAUCGAUGAGAACAAUGCUUCAUGUAUGGUGGAACCUGGUGUAUCAUACUUCAAAUUGUAUGAAGAGAUUCAGAAGAGAAAGUUGCCUUUAUGGAUCGACACCCCAGAUCUGGGCGGCGGAAGUGUGUUAGGGAACGCGAUUGAUCGCGGUGUAGGCUACACACCAUAUGGAGACCACUUCGCGAAUCACUGUGGUAUGGAUGUCGUUCUUCCAGAUGGAUCACUUCUUCGAACUGGCAUGGGUGCAAUCCCAGGGAAGGAUGGUACUGACAAUCCUACAUGGGAAUCAUUUCAGCACGCGUAUGGACCAGCGAUCGACGGCAUCUUCAGCCAAAGCAACUUCGGAAUCGUGACCAAGAUGGGCUUUUGGUUGAUGCCAGAAACUGGCCAUCAAUCGUACAUGAUCACAUUUCCUCGCGAAGAAGACUUCGAGCAGAUCGUUGAUAUUAUCCGACCUCUGGCACUCAAGAGGAUCCUUGGCAACAUCCCUCAACUCAGACAUGCUAUCCAGGAACUAGCUGUCACUGGCAAGCCACGUACGACUUGGUACACCGGCUCCGGACGGUUCCCUCGGGAAGUUGUAAGGGAAGGCGUCAAAGCCUCGCCAGUUGGCGAUAUAUCCUGGGUCUUCUAUGGCACGCAGUACGGCGAUACAGCAUCCAUCAAGUCUCAACUCGACAUCAUCAAAUCAGAGUUCUCCAAGAUCCGAGGCAGUAAGUUCAUGCUGCCAUCCGAGCUCCCAGCAGAUCAUUACAUCCACAGCAGAUUGAACGUCUGCAGUGGUGUCCCUGUACUGAAAGAACUUGACUGGCUGAACUGGAAGCCCAACGCCGCACAUCUAUUCUUCUCGCCGAUCACACCCACCAACUCCAAGAGCGCUCGUACUAUUCACAACUUGAUUGACAGGCUGCAUCAAAAGUGGGGAUUUGAUACCUUUCCCACGCUCUGUGUUGCGGGCAGAGAGAUGCAUUAUAUCGCCAAUAUUGUCUAUGACCGUGCUGAAGAGGAUGAGAAGCGCAGAGCUAGAGGCUUGAUGCGUGAGAUGAUUGCUGCUGCUGCAAAAGAAGGGUUCGGAGAGUAUAGAACGCACCUACUGUUUGCAGACCAGGUAGCGGAGACCUAUGGAUGGGGUGGUGGUGCGUUGAGGAAGUUCAAUGAGACGAUCAAGGAUGCUUUGGAUCCAAAUGGGAUCUUGGCACCAGGCAGGAAUGGAAUCUGGCCAAGAUCUUAUAGAGACAAAGGCUGGGAGCUUGUUGGCGAAGGUGCUUUGAAAAGUGUAAAGGCUAAAAUUUGAGAGAAUCCUAGGCCAGGAAGAGUCUCUUCACCUUUUCCUUCCCUAACUCACAGUAUUAUGGAAGAGUACCAUAAGAUUAU